AAUACAAAUUUGUUAUUUGGAUUGAAAAUUUCAACUUCAUUGGAGUCAAUUUAUUUCUUCUUAAAAUGUGGAAAUUUAGUAUUUUUCUCUUGUGUUUUUUUACUGUCUUGGUGAAUGGCCAAGAUAAUUUAAAAAAAGUGAAUACAAAAAGUGGUCCAGUAGAAGGACGUUUGGAGAAGACUAUUUUCUUUCAAAAAUCAUUUUAUUCAUACAAGGGCAUCCCAUAUGCUCAACCGCCUGUAGGUGAACUUCGAUUCAAGGCACCUAAAUCAGUUAAAAAAUGGAAUAAAACGCUUGAAGCCUAUGAGUAUGGAAGUAUGUGUCCUCAAACUGGAAGACUUAAAUCGUCGGUCUGUGAAGAUUGCCUUUUUCUAAAUGUAUUUCAACCAAUUGUAAAAGGAAAUAAAAAGUUGCCGGUAGCGGUGAUGAUUCCGGGCGGAUUUUUUAUUGGUGGACAUGGCGGAGAUGAUUAUUAUGGUCCCGACUUUUUCAUGGAAAAUGAAAUUGUACUUGUAACCAUGAACAUUCGACUAGGAGCAUUGGGUUUUAUGUCUUUGGGUUUACCAGAAUAUUCUGGAAAUAUGGCAAUGAAAGACCAGCAACUUGCUUUAGAAUGGAUCUACAAUAAUAUCGCAGCCUUUGGCGGUGAUAAAGAAAAAAUCACUAUGGGAGGUGUAAGUUCAGCUUCUAUUAUUGGUAGUCUUAAUUUAAUCAACAAAAAAUCGUCAAAAUAUUUCAAACAAUUUCUUGGUAUGAGCGGCUCACCAAUUUAUGGUGAUGCUUAUCAGACUGGCGAUCAUUCAUGUUUAAUGAAGCAUUUUUAUAAGCAACAAAAAGGCACUACUGUCGAUCCCACCGAUGAACAGCUGAUUAAAUUUCUUCAAGAGGUAGAAGUCAGUAAAAUUGUAAAAUUUUCAUACGAUACCAUUUCAAAUGGCCAAACUACACCAUGGAGUCCGAUAGUUGAAUAUCCCAAUGCAAAAAAUCCAUUUCUCCAACAAGAUCCAAUGACACAACUACAACAGACCACAAUCACAAAGCCUUCAUAUUACACCGUUACUAAAUAUGAGCAUUCGUUCUUUGUGAAACAUUCGAAUUAUUCAGAACCAGCCGAAGUAAAUGCAUUCUUGGACCAAUUUUAUUUUAGAUUACCAAUUUUUGGAUAUCGAACAAUAAACAGUAAAAAACCCGCAUAUCUUCAGAGCGUGUUUGAUGAAGUUCGUGAUUUCUAUUUUGCCAAUGCAACUGAUGAAACAGAUCGUUUAAGGCAGCGAAUUAUCUUGGACUCUGAUUUAUAUGCAACUCAUCCCAUUGAAAAGUGGUUGGAAAAGCAUGUUGCACGAUCCCAGAGUCAUACAUUUUAUCAUCGAUUUUCAUAUGACACGAUAUUAAAUCGAUAUGUAAUUGCUGGGGCCUCACAUGCAGAUGAACAAUGCUUCCUAUUUAGGUGUAAGGGUAAAACGGAGUUACAAAAGAGAGUUUUCGCAAAUAAAGACUCUGAUGAACAGUGUUCAGCGGCUUUUAAAGCGAUGAUGAAUAUCCAAAAAUUGAUUUCGAACUUUAUAAAAUUUGGAUCACCCGUACACGAUGGUCAGCCCACAAAAGCGUUUGCUCCAGUUAAACGGUCAAACAAACCAUACCAGUUUAAUUUUAUCGAUUUGACAAAUGAAGGUUUCAUUGCGGGCAAAGGACCAAAUGCUAAAAGAAUGGUAUUUCUGGAUAAAUUUUAUAAAAAGGUAGAAGAUUUGGUUAAACGAAAUGGCGAUACACCAAACAAAUCACCAAUUCAACAGCAAUGCGACGAUUUGAGCGCAUCAACUUAAAUUUGGAUAACAAUAACUUAAGGGAAUUAUAGGAGCGAAUACCCUUUGCAUAAACUAACCGUAUGAAAGGAUAUUCGCAAAUUCUAUUUUUCUUAUUUUUUCAAAAUUAAUAUUUUUUACGGAAAAAAUGCUGGUACAUCAGACUUUCGCCUUCGAAUUGAAGAAAAUCUGCUGUUCAUAAUUGAUGUACAUAAUUGUGCAUAAGUUGUAAAAUGCAAUUAAAUAAAUGUUUUCUUUUCCCGAAUUUGACAUAAUUA